CGGGGGGUGGGAUCUAACGGGGAAGGAGAGCUCUGUUUCUCCGCCAGUGUGACCCGUCCGGCUCCUCCGCAGCAGGUUAUCUCACCAUCGAGACGCUUCAGGAUCUCCGGAAUUUAACCGCACCUGAUAUUAUAAAGCUUUGAGGAAAUCUUUUUCAUUUGGUCUCAAAAGAUGUCCCGGGAGCAGCAAGCGGUGGCUCGUGCCAGGAAAGCCUUUGAAACAGGCAGGUCCAAAUCUGUAGAGUACCGAAUCAACCAGCUCAAGAGUCUGCAGCGGUUAUUCAGCGAGAGACAGAAAGAGAUUGCAGCUGCCAUUAAGAAAGACCUCAAUAAGACCGAGGUUGGGGCACAGUUUUAUGAGACUCUGGGUCUGGAGGGUGAGAUCAGCCUCUUCAUUAAGAAUCUGAAGGAGUGGGCAGCCCCUCGGCAUGUGAAGAAGAACCUGCUGACCAUGUCUGACACCGUCUACAUCCAUCCAGAGCCGCUGGGGGUGGUGCUGGUCAUCGGGGCCUGGAACUACCCCUGGGCUGUGACCAUCCGGCCGCUCAUUGGAGCCAUUGCUGCCGGUAAUGCAGCUGUGGUGAAGCCCUCUGAGGUCUGUGUGCACACUUCAAAAGUCAUGGAGGACCUUCUGCCGAUUUACAUUGACAAAGAGCUUUACCCUGUUGUAACUGGAGGAGUGCCGGAGACCCAGGAGCUGCUACGCCAGAAAUUUGAUCAUAUCUUCUACACCGGCAACAGCACGGUGGGAAAAGUGAUCAUGGAAGCUGCCGCCAAACACCUGACACCAGUUACCCUGGAGCUUGGCGGGAAGAGCCCCUGCUACAUCGACAAGAACUGUGACAUAAGCAUAGCCUGCAGGCGUAUCACGUGGGGGAAGUACAGUAACUGUGGUCAGACCUGCAUUGCCCCAGACUACAUCCUGUGUGAGCCCAGCAUCCAGAACCGGGUCAUUGAAGAGGUCAAGAAGUGUAUUAAGGAGUUCUACACAGACAACCCAAAGACGUGCCCGGACUAUGGUCGCAUCAUCAACCAGCGCCAUUUCAAGAGGGUCAUGGCCAUGUUAGAAGACAGCAACAUCGCUGUAGGAGGGGAAAAUGAUGAGUCAGACUGCUACAUAGCGCCAACAGUUCUACGGGAUGUGAAGCCAGAGGCAAAGGUAAUGCAGGAGGAGAUUUUUGGACCUCUACUUCCUAUCUUACCAGUCAGCGGCCUGGACGAAGCCAUCAAGCUGAUCAAUAAGGGAGAGAAACCUCUGGCUCUCUAUGUGUUUUCACCAGAUAACAAGGUGAUAGAGAGAAUGAGAGAUGAGACUUCGAGUGGAGGAUUCCUGGCCAAUGACUGCCUCGUGCACUAUUCUGUCAGCGCGUUGCCAUUUGGAGGAGUGGGAAACAGUGGAAUAGGCUGCUACCACGGCAAGUUCAGCUUUGACCGACUGAGCCACCUGCGUGGUUGUCUGGUCAAAAAGCUGAAAAUGGAGGGGGUGAACGACAUGCGCUACCCGCCGCACACAUUGAAGAAACUGGGCUGGGCGCGCUUCUUCAUCCUCAAUACCGUAGAUGUGGGCUGGGUGGGACGGAUGGCGCUCCUAGCUGCUCUGGUUGUGGUGGCUGCUGCUGUGAUUCAGAAUUACCUCCUUUGAAGCCGUUCUGCUGUUUCCUUUCUCAUCUGGGCCACAGAAGAGGAACAAGGAGGAUUCAUUUGUUUGUGCAUGAACAAGAUAACAAUGUUGUGUUGUUUCAGGAUGGCCGUUUUCCAUUUCACAUUUCAGUGAAGUUUCAUGGAGCUCACUGAGAGCCGUUUAUUUUAAUGAAGAUAAUUAUUUAUUCUCAUCUAUGCAAGAAUCACUACGUUCCAUUAUUUCAUCACCACAUUUUUUAAUACUUUUUAAAAAAAAUAUGAUUUAGUUUUUUUUUUAAAUGAAGUAAUAGUGUAAGUGUAGCGGUAUUGCAUGAUUCAAAGUAUGAUGUCCAUUUAUUCUACCUUACAUUUAAAAACAAAACAUGUUUACAUGAAGGGCCAUAAGAUGAAGUUCAUUUUAAUUAUGGAAAAACGAUUUUUUUAUCAUUAUUAUUAUUAUUAUUAUGUAGGAGCUACCUGUAGGGUAUUUUUAGCUUGUUGUUUCAGUAAUGGAUCCGCCAUUAAUCUGACAAUCAGCCCGAAUGCACUUGAUUUCAGCCCAGAGUAGUUUCAGGCUGUGUUUGGCAGGCAUGAAGACAAUCCGUCCAGUCUGUGAGAUUUCAGUGUUUGUUUUCAGCUCAUCCGAAUCACGCAGGUUCAUGUGAAGGAAGUUUUUAAUGAUUUUUUAUGACCAAAUGUAAAACAUUUAAGUGACCAAGUGUAGUUGUUUCUAAAUAUUUGCUUAUAUCGCACCACUUAAAUUUAUAAACAACAAUUAAAGAAAUAUAUACGCAUUUCUAUUUUAAUAUUCAACUAAAUAAAUUGCUACAUGUAUCAGUUUGAAA